AACAAAUCCUUAAAUGUCAAUGGUCGACAAGACGUGACGUCACAGAAAACGGUGGUUAUUUCCUCGUAAAACCGAGUAUAAGAAUAGGCAUACGAAAAAUGAAGGGAACAAAGACGUGACAACUAGCAAGAACACAGUAUCGGAGCACCACCUUCAAAGCUGUAGCUAAAAUUCUGAAAGAUGGGCUACACUACUCUCUGUGUGGCGGUUUUAUGCAUCGUAUUCACACAGACAUAUGGACUUCUGAGAUCGCGAGAUCUUCCAAAUGAGAUGGCGAGAUGUUUAAACAAUUUCUACAAAUCCUGUACCAUCGAAGAGGAAGUCGGUCUUUCUAUUUUGCAUAACUGCAUCCAGGAAUACAAGUGGAAGCCAAAUCCGGAGAGACAGUACCCGCAAAAGAGGAUAACCUCGGGCGCUCGUGCCUACCUACAGAGGCUGAACACGAGGGUACAAUCCAUCCACGGAAGGGGUAAAAGGCAGACCGUGCGCAACAGGAAAGAGUACCGAAUGAUGAGCGACGGCGAAAGGACACGGUACCACAACGCACUGAGGAGACUGAAAGAAAGCACGAAUGCAGAGAUGAGUCGUUACGAUUUCCUCGCUUCUGUUCAUACCGGAGAUAUUGAGGAGACCGCCCAUUUUGGAUGUCAUUUUGCGGGAUUUCAUAGAGAGUAUUUGAAAAUAUAUGAGGAAGCCUUAAGAGAAAUAGACUCCACCGUCACCCUGCCGUACUGGGACUCGACUCUCGAUCAGUACAUGGAUGACAGCGCAGAAUCCCUGCUUUUCUCCGCAGAUUUCAUGGGAAACGGAGAUGGUGAAGUAACCUCUGGCCCCGCGGCGAACUGGGAAACGGAAACUGGGCCUUUAAGACGAAACAUCGGAGUAGAGGGCGAACUGUACCUAUUUGAGGAAAUCGAAAACAUCACGACCAGAACAAGAUACACAGAUAUCUGCGGAAUGACACGAGACUUGGAGAGGUAUGGUCUUGAGUUCCAUCACGGGGACAUUCAUCUUUGGGUUGGUGGUAAUAUGGCGGAACUAACCACUGCAGCAGAAGAUCCACUUUUCUGGAUGCAUCACGCGAAUGUGGACAGAAUCUGGGAGCUUCAGCGGGCAUUUGCGCGCCGGGCUGGUGUGGACGUCGACAAUGAUUAUCCAACCGAUCCUAAUGACUAUGGAAACGAGAACCAUGCGCCGGAUGCUCCGUUUGGCUUGUUGAGAAGUGACUUGCUUGUUAGAGAUGGUGUACGAGAUCAAACCAUGAACGGAAUUCGGUAUGAGCCGCCUCCAACCUGUAACGCUAGAAGAAGGGACUGCGGCUCCAACAAGUUACGAUGUGUCCAGCUCAACGACCAAUAUAUCUGUAUUUCUAAAACUCUAGCUGAAUAUCGAAGAGAUUUACAGGAGGAGAGAACUCGUACCAUACCAGACAGCAACAAUAACAACAACAACAACAACAACAAUGGUGGAUUUCCCAGACCGCCAAUCAACCCAUGGUUUCCUACACGUUGGUUUAAUAGAAAUAACAGGACGCCAUUACCACAACCAACGAGCCCUGAAGAGCCAGAACGCAUCACGUAUCCCCUCAUUGACCAAUGCUCGGCGUUCGAAUAUAAACCUAUUCAAAACAGUUUCUGUGCCAACGGAAGGAAGGACGUAAAGGAAUGGGUAUAUAUACCUGUCAGAGUGAUUUCCCAGAGAGAUCCCUCUUUUACAAAAUACGACUCGUAUCCGGUCAGAAGCGGGAACAUUCGAUCAGGCAGCGACAUCUACUCUCUGAAUACUUACACUAAACUGAAGUCUACUUUGAAACCGGCUCGUCCAGAUUGCUAUCAAAAAUGUAAAUCUUCACAAACUGGUGCUGGAGAAAUAUUUGUCAGAACGGACGGAAUUUCUUAUUCCGGAACAUAUCAGGAGUACGCCAUUGUUGACCAGAGACUUCCGGUGUCUGUAUCUGUAGCUUACGUAGCCGUGAAAAGUCCGGUCCACGGGAAGACCAGUGCCGUUGUCUCUGCUUACGAUUCUUGUGGAAGAGUGUGCCAUCCAUCUUGUUUAAACCUGAAAACAAAGAAAUACGUACCAUGUUCGGGGGCCAUUGACAUCACCACACAUGCUCCCCAGUUGUAUGCCUAUUCACUGGGAGAUUCCAUCAUGAAGCUGUACAAGUUCAGCGACAGCCCUAAGUUAGAUGGUACUCCUCAGUUCAGCGAAAAUGAAAUCUUCCUCUCCUUUUUCUGCGAGUACAGCAGUAAGUGGCCUUGGCAGACGUCUCUCAAGCAGUCCAUCAAAAACACCUCCGUUCGCAGGACCAGGCCCGUCUACCCUGGAGUCCAGGACAAAAAACUUAAUAAGCAACCAAUGACAGUGAAAACUCAACAAGCAACUCCUCCACGCAAGAAGUUUCAUGGUAGAAAUCCAUUCCGUGGCAUAAUGAAUCGCUGUGACCUUGGCAAUGGUUGUAUCAUACAAAAGAAUGGUCCAUGCAACAGUCCAUGUUCUGAAAACCAGGUCUACCAGUGCACCAAUUCCUGUAACAGAUUCGCGAAAUGCAGUAUGGGAAAAUACUUUGUAAACCGAUGUUACAGCGGUCAUUUUGAUUCAGCCAGCAUGAAAUGCAGACCCGGGAUAGGGAGGUGCUCACUGCGAGAAUAUACAUUGUAAACAGACGAUCUGUGAUACUCCUACAAGUGCCAAUACUAAUAUCUGCUGUGAUACACUACGUAAUAUACACAAGGAGAGACGGGCCUCUUUCUGAUUCCAGAUAUAUUCUCAAAAGAAUGCAUUAUCAAAAGAUGAAAGAAAAACGACAUUCACUGAUUUGUCAGGGAAAUGUGGAGUCAAAAGUGGAAUCUUCGUUGAAAACCUCGUUUUAUACCAGAGAUAAAAUAUCUCUAGUAAAAUAUAUAUUUCAAUUAUUGUUUUUGUAUAAUCUAUUUAUGUACACAAAAACUUUUUGUAGACAAUAUGUAUUGUAGUGCGUUAAUUGUGUAUGCAUAUAUAUACCGCAAACUGAUGUGUGGGUCUUCGGAUCUAUUACCACUGUUUAACAAUAGCGGUUUUUUUAACCAAUUUGUUUACAACUCAGAAAUCCAUUAAAAUCCUAAAUAUAACAAUUAA